AUGAAGGAAGAUGGACGGAGCUGUGAGAUCAUCUCUCCAACGAUGGACGACGAGAAGGGAUUGUUCAUGGCAAUCUCCUUUGGCAAGGUCCAUCGCUUGAGUUCAAUUCUAUCAAGAACCAAAAAUCUCAACAUCAGAGAUUCGUAUUCCAGAACUCCGCUCAUCCAUUCUGUGUUCAUUCACCAAGAUGACAUCAGAGGUCACGUGGUUCGUUUGCUGCUGAGACACGGAUGUGACGUCAACUGUCAAGACGAGUCGGGUCGCACGGCGCUCAUGUACGCCAGCAUGGAGGAGGAAAAGUCCGACGUCGUUCGUCUGCUCAUUAAAUGCAAAAGCUGCGACCCCAACUUACAGGACAAAGACGGGUCGACGGCCAUAAUCCACGCGGUGAACAACAACAAUCACAAGGCAAUACGGAUACUGGCGAAACACCAAAACACCAAGUCGAGAGUCGACGUGAACAUGGCCAAUAAGCAAGGCUUGACGGCGCUUGACUUGGCGGUCAAACUGAGACUCGCAGAAUGCUGCAGGACUCUCAUACAGGACGCAUUCGCCGACGCCAACGUCAAAGACAAGGUUGUUCUAUUUGAGUUGUUACGAGAAGGAAACCGAAACACUCCUCUUCAUCCGUGUUCUUCACCUUUUUACGCCCUAUCCCCUCGCCCCCUGGGGACGCCCAUUCGACCGUCCUACAUCAGAUCAUCGCCGUGUCAACGCCCCAACAGUGACCUCUAUCGACGGGUAAUGAUGUCGCCGUCUGUUGGCCCGACCCCUUCCCCUCUGUUUGCCCCGAGGGACGAGAAAGAACGUUUCAGUAGGUUAAUACAGUCACCGCUAGCACGUCUGCCUCGAGAGUCUUAUUCCUUCAAUCACUACGACGGCGUCACGAAAACACGACCUUUGACCCCGAUAUCGCCAAGGAUGGGACCAGCUUCUCCUGUUGUGCAGCACCCUGUAGCAAACUGCGGCGUGCUCCGUCUGCCGAGUAUCCCAAGUGGGAAGAGGAUACGUGCGCCAAAUUCAAAGGAGGAACCAGACCCGACCUGA